UUGGAUGUCUAUGGAGCUAAUAGUUCUUUCAGGGGAAAAAACACCCAACAGUGAAGCAGGAAAAGAAAAAAAAAUUACACUGUUAAAAAUCUUCAGCUUCUUCUGUUGAUGUUUCUGCACUUCUCAUCAUUUGAAAAAUACCAAGAGGAAAAAGUAAGGAGAAUAUGUUCAAUGGACUGAUAAGCAUUGAUGUGUACCUUGGGUUACAGUAGAACUGGAAGAGUCCACUCAGAGGAGAAACAAAAUCAAGUAACAGAGCAGCACCAUGUAUAAUAAUUGUAUUCCAUGGAAAAAACCCUUGAGAGGGGAGAAAGAGUAUAAAUGCAUGGAAUGUGGAAAGAGCUUUAGCCGAAGCACUCACUUCAACAGUCAUCAAAAAAUUCAUACAGAGGAGAAACCAUAUGAAUGCAUGGAAUGUGGAAAGAGCUUCAGUCAGAGUGGUAACUUUAGUGUACAUAAAAGAACACACACUGGGGAGAAACCACAUAAAUGCAUGGAAUGUGGAAAGAGCUUUAGUCAGAGUAGUCACCUAAGCUCACAUAAAAGAACGCAUACCGGGGAGAAACCAUAUGAAUGCAUGAAAUGUGGAAAGAACUUUAGUCAGAGUGGUACCCUUAAGGCACAUCAACGAACUCACACUGGGGAGAAACCACAUAAAUGCAUGGAAUGUGGAAAGAGCUUUAGUCAGAGUACUCACCUAUACUCACAUCAAAGAAUUCACACAGGGGAGAAACCACAUAAAUGUUUGGAAUGCGGAAAGAGCUUCAGUGACCACAGUAGCCUUCGUAGACAUGAAAGAAUUCACACUGGGGAGAAACCAUAUAAAUGCAUGGAAUGUGGAAAGAGCUUCA